AUGAACGGACUGGACGAGGUGCGCAGGCUGGAGAAGAGCGUGGGCGGCGGCGGAACGGCGCUGUCGCAGGCCGAGGCCGAGAUCCUGAGCCGCAACUCGCAGUCGCAGGCGAACUUGGACGAGGAUCAGCUCGAGACCGACCGGCUGGCAAGGAACCUGCCCGAGGUGACGCUCCACCAAGAUCCACGAUCUGAUGCAGGUGUAUAUCCAUCGGUUUUUCAAGGAGCAUUUGCAUCUGAACGACGAGGACGCGCACGCGCUGCACAUGAAGUACUACAAGGAGUAUGGGCUGGCGAUCGAGGGGCUGGUGCGGCUGCACAAGAUCGACGCUCUGGAGUACAACAAGGUGGUCGACGACGCUCUUCCGCUGGACAAGAUCUUGCGGCCGAAUCCAAAGUUGCGCGAGAUGCUGCUGCGGAUCAGGCGGGCGGGCAAGGUCGACCGGCUGUGGCUGUACACGAACGCAUACAAGAACCACGGGCUGCGCGUCGUGAGACUACUGGGCAUAGGGGAUCUGUUUGA